UUAGUGCCACAGCUUUCAAUUCAAGUCCAGCUCAGACCUAUGAGAACGCGAGUGCAUGUGUGUGAAUUUGUGCGGCGAGGUUGCUACCCAAACCAGAUAGCAAGAUAGACUACGGCGGCUGUCAUAGUAGAGGGCACCCUGUGAACUAAAAUAAUUCGCGGUAUCAUGGGCAUGCUGUUGUAAAUGUCCAUUUGAAAAAAAAAACAAUCGGCGUUAAAAGAAGUUACGCGCGUUGAAAUUUCGUCGUAGAUUAAUUAUUGUGUCGUAGCUAAAAGCCGUGCAUAGGCUUUUUUUGUAUCUGUGUGCUUUAAAGGAGGCUGUAGCAUAUUAGGUGGGUGCAAUUUUCUAGGAAUUGGGAGUGAAUAGGACUACUAUAGCUCUAAAUUGCUUCAGCAUCAUUGAGACUUUCUGGUGGUACUCAGAGCAUUUUCCGUGGAUGUAAGUAGAAUACUCCAUCACCUCAACGAGAGAAGACCGUCGGCUGUGUGACCAGAAUAAAAAUGUCAUCAAGAGCUCACAUUGAAACAGAAAGAAACAUGUGAAGACCCUGGUGACGAUACAAGUUUCCACCUCGCCUUUGAGAAGAAAAAGAGGAAGGUAGCCUCGCCUCCUUCCCACUCCUCCUUCUCCUCCUCCUCCUCCUCGUCGUCCUCCUGUUUAGUCUGCCGUUCCCUCACUGCCACGCCCCUAGAGACAUGGAGGGUCGGCGGUCGUGGCGGGUCACUCGAUACAGCGGCAGGACCUCCCCGGCGGGCCCUUGUCGUGGAGCCGUGCCGGCCAUGCUGGCUCUGUGGCUGUUAGCUGUCGCCACCACGGUGUGCCAAAGCCAGACCACCUUCAGCAGCCUCCACCCAGAGCGCCGAGAGUGGGCCUUCAACCACCUGACGGUUCACCAGAAAACGGGGGCGCUCUACAUCGGAGCGGUCAACCGCAUCUACAAGGUCUCAGCUAACCUGACCCUCUUGGUGUCGCACAACACGGGCCCUGCGGACGACAACAAGGCCUGCUACCCGCCGCUCAUCGUCCAGCCCUGCACCGAACCCCUGACCUCUACCAACAACGUCAACAAGCUGCUCCUCAUAGACUACAGCCAGAACCGUCUGCUGGCCUGUGGGAGCCUCUACCAGGGAGUGUGCAAGCUGCUGCGCCUGGAUGACCUAUUCAUCCUGGUGGAACCGUCUCAUAAGAAAGAGCACUACCUCUCCAGCGUCAACCAGACGGGCACCAUGUAUGGGGUGAUCGUGCCUUCCCAGGGCCAGGAUGGUACUCUCUUCAUCGGGACAGCGGUUGAUGGUAAGCAGGACUACUUCCCCACCAUCUCCAGCCGCAAACUCCCCCGGGACCCGGAGUCCUCAGCCAUGCUGGACUACGAGCUCCACACAGACUUUGUCUCAUCCCUGAUAAAGAUCCCAUCGGACACCCUGGCCCUGGUGUCCCACUUUGACAUCUACUACGUUUACGGCUUUGCCAGCGGCUCCUUCGUCUACUUCCUGACCGUCCAGCCCGAGACCCCGGAGAACAGCAUGUCGUCCGGUGGCUCAUCCAAUGACCUCUUCUACACCUCGCGCAUCGUCCGUCUCUGCAAGGACGACCACAAGUUCCAUUCGUACGUGUCCUUGCCCGUGGGCUGCGUGAGGAACGGUGUGGAGUACCGUCUCCUGCAGGCCGCCUAUCUGUCCAAGCCAGGCCGCGUGCUGGCCGCCUCACUCAACAUCAGCGCCACGGACGACGUGCUCUUCACCGUGUUCUCGAAAGGCCAGAAACAGUACCACAGGCCGCCAGAUGAUUCGGCGCUUUGUGUGUUCACCAUAAAGGACAUCAACGCCCGCAUCAAGGAGCGCCUUCAGUCCUGCUACCAGGGAGAGGGCAACCUGGAGCUCAACUGGCUGCUGGGCAAAGACGUGCAGUGCACUAAAGCGCCGGUGCCCAUCGAUGACUCCUUCUGCGGUCUGGACAUUAACCAGCCCCUUGGUGGUUCUCAGCUGGUGACAGGACACACCCUCUACACUGAGACCCGUGAUCGCAUGACCUCCGUCACAUCGUAUGUCUACAAUGGAUACUGUGUGGCAUUCGUCGGCACCAGGAGUGGACGCCUCAAGAAGAUCCGUGUGGAUGGUCCUCCUAAUGGUGGGGCCCAGUAUGAGAUGGUGCAGGUCAUCAAGGACGGCAGCCCCAUCCUCCGGGACAUGGCCUUCUCUCUAGACCGCAACUACCUUUACGUCAUGUCCGAGAGACAGGUGACCCAGGUCCCCAUAGAGUCAUGUGAUCAGUAUGGGACGUGUGGAGAGUGCCUCAGUUCUGGAGACCCCCACUGUGGUUGGUGUGUCCUACACAACAUGUGUUCUCAGAGGGACCGCUGUGAGGGUGCGGAGGAGCCGUACCGUUUCGCUGCUGCUCUGUUCCAGUGUGUCAAGGCCACCGUGUUCCCCAACAGCAUCGCCGUGUCAGAGCCCAGUGUGCCGCUGCUGGUGAAUGUGUCUGAUGUUCCCGACCUGUCGGCUGGAAUCACCUGUUCCUUUGGUAACCUGACGGAGGUGGACGGACAGGUCAGCGGAAACCAGAUCCUUUGUGUGUCUCCGGCGGCCAAAGAUGUUCCUCUUAUUCCUGCGGACCAAGAUUGGUCAGGUGUAGAGUUGAGGUUAAACUCUAAGGAGACUGGUCAGAUGAUCAUCAGCACAGAGGUGAAGUUCUACAACUGCAGUGUCCACCAGCUGUGUCUGUCGUGCGUGAACAGCGCCUUCCGCUGCCACUGGUGCAAGUACCGUAACCUGUGUACCCACGACCCGUCCAGCUGCUCCUUCCAGGAGGGACGCGUCAACGCCUCCGAGGACUGUCCUCAGCUUGUGCGUUCAGAAGAGAUUCUGAUCCCAGCUGGGGAGGUGAAGCCCAUCACGCUGAAGGCCCGGAACCUUCCCCAACCCCAGUCCGGCCAACGGGGUUAUGAGUGUGUCCUCCACAUCCAGGGGGUCACCCACCGUGUCACCGCCCUCCGCUUCAACAGUUCCUCUGUACAGUGUCAGAACAGCUCGUAUCUUUAUGAUGGAAUGAAGAUCAGUGAGUUGCCAGUAGAUUUCUCAGUGGUCUGGAACGGCAACUUCAUUAUUGACAACCCUGAUAAUAUACAAGUUCACCUGUAUAAGUGUGCGGCCCAGAGGGACAGCUGUGGCAUGUGUCUGAAAGCCCAGAGGAAGUUCCAGUGUGGCUGGUGUAGCGGUGAAGGUCGCUGUACCCUGCGCCACCACUGCCCACCCAUCAACCCUUAUACCACCCGCUGGCUGGACCUGUCCAGCAACAAUGUCAAGUGUACCAACCCACGGAUCACAGAGGUUACCCCAGUAGCAGGCCCUCCAGAGGGGGGGACCAGGGUGACCAUCCACGGUAUGAACCUCGGCCUGGCGUUCAGCGACAUGGAGAACAACGUGGAAGUUGCUGGGGUCAAGUGUUCGCCUAUAGAGGAAGGUUACAUAAUCGCUGAGCAGAUAGUGUGCGAGAUGGAUGCAGCCCCAGCAGACAGCAGGGAUGGACCAGUCCAGCUGUGCGUUGGGGAGUGCCGGCCUGAGCUGAAGACCCGCUCUUCACAACUCUACUCUUUUGUGAUGCCGUCGGUGCAGGCCUUGUCUCCCAGCAGAGGGCCUGAGUCGGGGGGCACCAAGGUGACCAUCAUGGGACAGAACCUGGGUGCUGGCAGCAGUGUCACUGUCCUCUUUGGGAAUCAGACCUGCGAGUUCUAUGGGCGGACAAUGACAGAGAUUGUGUGUUAUUCGGCUCCCUCUCUGACCGGGGUGGGUUCGGUGCAGAUCAGUGUUGGUGUGGACCGCGCCCAGGUCAAAGAGAGCCUGAGCUUUGACUAUAUUGAGGACCCCACAGUCCAGCGCAUCGAGCCAGAGUGGAGCAUCGCUAGUGGCCACACUCCUCUGAUGGUGACCGGGACUAAUCUAGAUGUGGUACAGGAACCCAGGAUCCGCGUCAAGUAUGGGGGCCGUGAGUCUGUCAAUGUCUGUAAGGUUCUGAACUCCACCAGUAUGAUGUGCCUGGCCCCGUCCCUGACGGCGGAGUACCGUCCCGGUCUGGACACGGUCAAACACGCUGAUGAGUUUGGAUUUGUCUUCAACAAUGUCCAGGCACUGCUGGUCUACAACAACACCAACUUCCUGUACUACCCCAACCCAUACUUCGAACCUCUCAGUACCAACGGGGUUAUGGAACAGAAGCCUGGCUCGCCCAUCAUCCUUAAAGGCAGAAACCUGGUGCCCGUUCCCUCCGCGGGGGUGAAGCUCAACUACACCGUGCUGAUCGGGGAGACGCCCUGCUCCGUUACCGUGUCUGAGACCCAGCUGCUAUGUGAGCCACCAAACCUCACCGGCCAGUAUAAAAUCAUGGUCCAGGUGGGCGGACUCCAUGUUUCUCCGGGCGUGGUCAACAUCCUGUCCGACAGCCUCCUCACCCUCCCCGCCAUCGUCUCCAUCGCAGCCGGCGGGGGCCUCCUCCUCAUCAUCGUCAUCCUGGUCCUCAUCGCGUACAAACGCAAGUCGCGGGAGAAUGACCUCACCCUGAAGCGUCUGCAGAUGCAGAUGGACAACCUGGAGUCCCGGGUCGCGCUGGAGUGCAAGGAAGCUUUUGCUGAGCUGCAGACAGACAUCAAUGAGCUGACGAGUGAUCUGGACAGAGCUGGGAUUCCACACCUAGACUACAGGACGUACGCCAUGAGGGUCCUCUUCCCUGGCAUCGAGGACCACCCCGUCCUCAGAGAACUGGAGGUGUCAGGAAACGGUCAGCUGAACACGGAGAAGGCUCUGAAACUCUUUGCUCAGCUCAUCAACAACAAGGUGUUCCUGCUAACCUUCAUCAGAACUCUGGAGCUCCAGCGCUCCUUCUCCAUGCGUGACCGUGGCAACGUAGCGUCCCUCAUCAUGACGGCACUGCAGGGCAAACUGGAGUAUGCCACCGACGUACUCAAACACCUGCUGUCUGACCUCAUCGAGAAGAACCUGGAGAGCAAGAACCACCCCAAACUGCUGCUGCGCAGAACGGAAUCGGUUGCAGAGAAGAUGCUCACCAACUGGUUUGCUUUCCUUCUCCACAAAUUCCUGAAGGAGUGUGCUGGCGAGCCCCUGUUCAUGCUGUACUGUGCCAUUAAACAGCAGAUGGAGAAAGGGCCCAUAGACGCCAUCACAGGAGAGGCUCGCUACUCCCUCAGUGAGGACAAACUCAUCCGACAGCAGAUAGAGUACAAAACUCUGAUCCUGAACUGCGUGAACCCAGACAAUGAGAACAGCCCUGAGAUCGCAGUGAAGGUGUUAAACUGUGAUACAAUCACUCAGGUCAAGGAGAAGAUCCUGGAUGCCUGCUAUAAGAACAUGCCCUAUUCACAGAGGCCCCGUGCUGUCGACAUGGACCUGGAAUGGCGUCAAGGGCGCAUGGCUCGGGUGGUGCUGCAGGAUGAGGACAUUACCACCAAGAUAGAGAAUGACUGGAAGAGACUCAACACACUAAUGCACUACCAGGUGUCUGACCGCUGUGUCGUGGCUCUGGUGCCUAAACAAACCUCCUCCUACAACAUCCCCCCUUCAGCUAGCAUCUCCAGGACGUCCAUCAGUAGAUAUGAUUCGUCCUUCCGGUACACAGGUAGUCCAGACAGUCUGCGUUCCCGUGCCCCCAUGAUCACUCCGGACCUGGAGAGCGGGGUGAAGGUGUGGCACCUGGUAAAGAACCACGAGCACGGAGACCAGAAGGAGGGCGACCGCGGCAGCAAGAUGGUCUCUGAGAUCUAUCUGACCAGGCUGCUUGCUACUAAGGGUACACUCCAGAAGUUUGUGGACGACCUGUUUGAGACGUUGUUCAGUACAGUCCACAGAGGAAGCGCCCUGCCCCUCGCCAUCAAAUACAUGUUUGACUUCCUGGACGAGCAGGCGGACAAACACGGCAUCCACGACCAAGAUGUCCGCCACACAUGGAAAAGCAACUGUCUCCCACUGCGUUUCUGGGUGAACGUGAUCAAGAACCCCCAGUUUGUGUUCGACAUCCACAAGAGCAGCAUCACAGACGCCUGUCUGUCCGUGGUGGCCCAGACCUUCAUGGACUCCUGCUCCACCUCUGAGCACCGCCUGGGCAAGGACUCGCCCUCCAACAAGCUGCUCUACGCUAAAGACAUCCCCAACUACAAGAGCUGGGUGGAGAGGUACUACGCGGAUAUUAACCGUCUACCGGCCAUCAGUGACCAGGACAUGAACGCCUACCUGGCAGAGCAGGCCAGGCUCCACUCCACUGAGUUUAACAUGCUCAGUGCUCUCAACGAAAUCUACUCUUAUGUCUCCAAAUACAGCGAGGAGAUCACCACCGCACUAGAGCAGGACGAGCAGGCCAAGAAACAGCGUCUGGCCUACAAGGUGGAGCAGCUCAUCUCAGCUAUGUCCCUGGAGAGCUGAGACAGAGCACAGGAUUGGACGACUGGACCAGCCAGGGAUGUCCGUCAACCACAGCCACCCAACCAACAGUCCUGUUACUCACCGCGGAAGGGACAGCUAAAUGUAGCAGGCUGCGGGGAACUUUAAAAAUCCAGAAACAAAACAGUUUUCUUUUAUUUUCCUCUUAUGCCAUAUUGGCCACCACCUCACUGAAAGACUCCACAGGCUUUGGAGACAUGAGUGGGGAUGAUGUCUCUCAGAAGGGAUGAUGUCUCUCGGAAGGGAUGAUGUCUCUCAGAAGGGAUGAUGUCUCACGGUAGGGAUGAUGACAAGGUGGGACUAUCUCACCACAAAUCUUCGGAAAGGCCACAGGGCAUCUUCCUUUCCAGUGGAUAUUAUUUUUGUUUUGGCAGUCAGUGUUGUGUGUAUAGCCCUGAAGAAUAGAUAUGUUAAGAUACUGAACAGAGGGCACAUCCAAUAGAUUUGUUCUCAGUGUCUGCUGAAAACGUGGACAAAAGAACGAGAGGGAGGGAGAUAAAAGACUUCUCAUGUUUAAUUGCAGAGAUAUUGUUCCUGAGUUUUGCUUCCAAAUUUUUAUUUUUGUACGUGUACAUUUUGAACUUAUCAGUUGCAGUCAAAACAUCUUCCUUGUUACACAUAUGGACAUUGUUCUUCUGUACAAAGUCAAAGACAUAGGUUGUGUUAUAACACAUCUUGUUGAGUGGCCUGGCCCUCUUGAGGACAUUGUGCUUUGUCAUGUCUUCUGCAGCUCUUACCGUUCGUAACCAACAUGAUACUCAUCAGAACCCAUCUCUGACUGUAACCCAUAACCUAUGUACAAAACCCAACAAAACAUGUCCUCAACGUAAGGGUGAAUGGAACUCAGCACGGACCUCCCCUAAAAGGGGUUAAAGUUCAACCAGCAUGCUUAUCCGCCCCAAACUCCAUGUACCCUGCUUGGUAAGAGGAGAGAACCAGAAGUCUAUUUAGGUUAUAAGGACAAAACCAGCACCAGUGUACUGGUGUCUGUAAGACUCUCCUUGGCAGUAUAGCAUCAUUUGUAUGUACUGUAUGUUCUGAUUUAGACACGUCAAUGUAUGUGAAUGUACAAUGAAGAUCUAUGUUUUUCAUUUCCGUUUGGCUUUGUUCUCUGAACAAAAUGGGAGUCCGUUGGUUUGAAACUGUAUAAUGGCCAACUGAACAUGUACUGAACAUUUAUCCGUCCAAGCCCUUCCCACUGUUAUUUAACCUGUUACCAUAUCCUGUAUCUCCAUGUGAACUAAACAGUCUGUAGCUGUCAUUGCCGUGGCUACAGCCAUCGGAACGUAGAAAUACCAUAACAUACCGAAGUCUAGAUUCUAGGGGACUGAGGCUGUUAGGUCGGCAAUAAUGGUGAACACACUCUAUUACACAGUAUAACCACUGUUUGUAUCACUUUGGAUUGGAUCAAAUGUGUGUGUGUGUGUGUGUGUGUGUAAAAUUGCAUGCAUUGUAUCACAUGUCAGAAGAAGUGUUUGUUUUUUAAGUGCCAAUGGAUCAAGAUAGUUGGAGAUGGCUAGCGACAGAUUGCGAGUGGAUGUUCAUUGUCUACCUAAACGGUCUACCAACAACGUCUUUCUGAAAGACAAUAAGAUGAAGCCUGUGUGUGUCUCGUUUGACUAAGUGCCAAAAGAUCCUGUCAUUUUAAAUGAUUCACUGAUGUGUCGAAGUCGGUUAAUGCUUUACAUAUGGUUCCAGCCAAGCCCUCGAACUCAAGUGGAUAGCCUGCAGAGAGGUGCUCAUGUGACUGGAAGCUUCUGAACAGGCAUUAGGUACGUCUCUGUAAAAUAGUUACUAGUCGAAAGAAAUUGUUUUAUUAUUUUUUGGUUUUUUUAAAUUAUUUUUUUGGCAAGAGGGAUAAUGACCACAAGAGAAUAUCGAGUAUGUGUAAAGCAUGUUCACUCACCAUGUAGAUCUGCAGUAAGCUUGGACUGCCUUGGACUGGACUUAACCCAUUAAUAACAGGAUUGAUAGACAGUUGUUCAGUGAGGUUUUAAGAGGGAAACGUAUGCGUCCUGAUCCUAGCUCUGUGGCCACAUACUGUAGAUUCUCUCUUCUGGAUUGGUGACAGCCGCCCUUUUCGUUUGCUCAUUGUUUACAUUAAGUACUUGAAACUAGUUUGUGUUAAAGGUGUACAGUAUAAUUACAUUAUUUAUGGAUGGAGAAAGCAUAACCAAUGUUAAUGGAUGAAAGGUGCUUCUUUUCUCUGUGGCCUUAGAACACCAAAUUAACUAACCAUAAAACCACUGAGUGCUCCGGAUUCUCCUUCUACACUUCAACAGUAAUCCGCCGCCUCAGCUGGCUCCAUUUGGUUGAAUUUGACACUGUCCUUUUGAUAUUGUACCUGGGAUGUCGCCGUGAGUAAAGACUUGCCUGAGAAGGAUAAAGACGUGAACAGAAGUUAUGGUCUGCUACGGUACAGUGUGGCACGUCUUCGGUCGUCUCGCCAGAGCUGUUUGAAGAGUAGAGCUCAGUCAGAAACGGGAGAGAGAAACCCCCUUUAGCUUUAGUUUCCUGCUCCCUGCUUUGAAGCGGUGCUUUGAUCUGAGUGUAGUCGUGUGCACAGUCUGAUCGGGAGAUGUGGGGGGAAAAAAACACAUCAAAACAGGCGAAGAGAAAUGCACGGAGCCCAGAUGAUUGACACUGUAUUAAUGUGUCCAGCCAAGGGGGGUUGGGUGGGGAUGUCUGUUGACCCCACGGUAAGCAGAGACUCCUGCCCAUCUAAGGAGAUCUUUAGGUACACUUUUAAUACACACACAAAGGAACAGACACACAGUCAAACAUCAUUAUAAAGCUUCCUCCCGCGGACAGUGCUGUCUUCCAUAUUUCUUCCUCUACACCUCAGCUAGCAGAAUCACCUUUUAUGUCUCUUAUUGCUUGUUGGUGUCCUGGUGCUUCUCAUGUUUCGGGACACUUAGUGUGAUGUAUAUUCCCCGUGAUGAACUCUGUGUCGUGGUCGCUGGUCCGCUAUGCUCUUAUAGGAAUAGAUGGACACGGUUUGAAUGAAACAACUUUUACUUUUCUCUUAAGGGACCAGUUCAUAAAGCUUUUUCAUUUUGUCUUUCUUUUUUUUUUUUUACAUUAACUUCAAUUCGCUGUUUUUUCUGUGCCAUUAUUCUGAAUCCAAACUUGUUUUCUGCCCAGCAUGCCAUAACACCAGUAAAUCAACAGUCAAUAGAAAAUAAGUUUACACAUCUUGUUAAUCUGCACAGUUGUCUGCAUCUUCUAUCUGGGAAAGGGAUUUUAAUUGAUUUUAACACAUUGAUUUCAUACUGUACACUUUUAUUUAUUGGAAGAAGAUGAUGACAUUCAAUCCAAAAUAAUGAGCUUUGGUUUGUAUAAUUAUGUUUUGUUUACCAUUCUGCAGCGCAGAAUAUAUUUCCCAGCCGGUUUCAUUGUUGUCUCUGUGACAUGUUGCAGCUGAUUCAGUACAUUUUAAAAGAAGAAUAUUAAAGAGCAACUUAAUUUCCACUACAGAAGAGUUGGAACCUAAUUAUCGAAGAAAAUAGGUUGUGCACUUUUCUGCUCUUGGCUUACAUGUUUUUGUAGGUGGUGUGGUUAUGGGUUAGCUGGCAUGUUUGAAUACACACACACACAAAAAAAAAAAACAUCUUUCUCCUUAUAUCAAUCAGCGCAGUUAAAAUCAGAUAACUAUUAUACUCUU